UAGGGUACUUUAGAUAUUUUCCAUUUCACUUGCUUUUUUAAGUUAUCCUAUUAGAAUAAGUUGAUUUAAUAAAUGCGGAUUAUGUCAUUUAGUUUUUCCCUUUUUGUAUCGUAUGAUUUACUUCUGGACCACUUAAAAGUAAAACAUUAUUGCUCUAACAGGAAACAAAAAAUAAAAAUAAAAGGAAUGUUGACAGUGGGAUUUGAACCCACGCCCUUUCGGACCAGAACCUUAAUCUGGCGCCUUAGACCAACUCGGCCAUAUCAACGUUUUUGUAUUAGUGAAUAAAUUAUUUAUACCAAACUUUUCCACUCGCUUCUGCGCCGGAGUCCCAAUUUAGUCCUACCAGUACCGGCGUAUAGUAGCCGUUGUAGUUUCGUCGGUGAAUUUUACAAUCCCAUCGCAAUUGUUUUCCGGGUCCUCUCCUCAGUGAUAAAGAAUCUGUCUUUUCCCGAUUUUAUCAUCUUUCUCAUUCUAGGGUUCUUCUGUCUUCUUUGCUAAAUGUCUCUGUGAAACGAAACCAAAGUUUCUGGAUUUUUAGGGAUUAGGUUACGAUUUUUUUUUCUUCUUCUCCUUAAUGGGUCCUCCUCUGCUUCCGAGACAUGUAACUGCAGUUAUAAAAUGUCAGAGGGAUCCAAUGAAAGCCUUGGAAAUGUUCAAUUCGAUGAAGAAAGAGGAUGGUUUCAAGCAUACUUUAUCUACUUACCGCAGCGUGAUUGAAAAGCUUGGCCUUCAUGGGAGAUUCGAAGCCAUGGAAGAGGUUUUUGUGGAUAUGCGUCUUAAUGUUUCUAACCAUAUCCUUGAAGGUGUUUAUGUUGGCGCAAUGAAGAACUAUGGUAGGAAAGGUAAAGUUCAAGAAGCUGUGAAUGUGUUUGAAAGGAUGGAUUUUUAUGAUUGUCAGCCUACGGUUUUCUCUUAUAAUGCUAUUAUGAGUAUAUUGGUUGAUAGUGGUUACUUUGAUCAAGCUCACAAGGUGUAUAUGAGGAUGCGUGAUAGAGGGAUUACGCCUGAUGUGUACUCGUUUACGAUUAGGAUGAAGUCUUUUUGCAAGACGAGUCGGCCUCACGCUGCUUUGAGGCUUCUUAACAAUAUGUCUUCUCAAGGCUGUGAGAUGAAUGUGGUUGCUUAUUGCACGGUCGUUGGUGGGUUUUAUGAGGAGGAUUUUAAGGAUGAGGCGUAUGAGUUGUUUGGGAAGAUGCUUGGAUCGGGUGUUUCUCUUUGCGUUAGUACGUUUAACAAGCUUCUACAUGUUCUUUGUAAGAAGGGAGAUGUUAAGGAGUGUGAAAAACUACUUGAUAAAGUUAUCAAAAGAGGUGUUUUACCGAAUCUGUUUACUUAUAAUUUUUUCAUCCAAGGGCUUUGUCAGAAAGGUGAGCUUGAUGGUGCUGUUCGUAUGGUAGGUUGUCUCAUAGAGCAGGGGCCAAAACCAGAUGUCGUCACAUAUAACAAUCUAAUAUGUGGCUUAUGUAAGAAUUCCAAGUUUCAGGAGGCAGAGGCUUACUUAGGCAAAAUGGUUAAUGAAGGGCUUGAGCCUGAUAGUUUUACCUAUAACACACUAAUAGCUGGAUAUUGCAAAAGUGGAAUGGUGCAAUUUGCAGAAAGGAUUCUAGGUAAUGCUGUUUUCAAUGGGUUUGUGCCUGACGAGUUUACAUAUCGCUCCUUAAUUGACGGAUUGUGCCACGAAGGUGAUACAAAUCGUGCUUUAGCUUUAUUCAAUGAGGCCUUUGGGAAAGGGAUAAAGCCUAAAGUUAUUCUUUACAACACACUGAUCAAAGGAUUGUCUAACCAGGGUUUAAUUCUGGAGGCUGCUCAGUUGGCGAGUGAAAUGUCUGAAAAGGGUUUGAUUCCCGAUGUACAGACUUUUAACAUACUUGUAAAUGGAUUAUGCAAGAUGGGAUGUGUUUCUGAUGCUGAUGGUCUUGUGAAAGUUAUGAUCUCCAAAGGGUACUUUCCUGAUAUAUUUACUUUCAACAUUUUGAUUCAUGGUUAUUCUACACAGUUGAAAAUGGAAAACGCACUUGAGAUCUUGGAUGUUAUGUUGGACACUGGCGUUGAUCCUGACGUGUACACUUACAACUCUUUGUUGAAUGGUCUCUGCAAAACUUCAAAGUAUGAAGAUGUGAUGGAAACAUAUAAAACGAUGAUGGAGAAAGGUUGUGCCCCCAACUUAAUCACGUUUAAUAUACUUCUGGAGAGUCUUUGCAGAUACAGAAAACUAGAUGAAGCCUUGGGGUUGCUGGCAGAAAUGAAAAACAAGAGCGUGAAUCCAGAUGCGGUUACGUUUGGAACGUUGAUCGACGGGUUUUGCAAAAAUGGAGACUUGGAUGGAGCAUACACGCUAUUUCGGAAGAUGGAAGAGGUUUAUAAGGUUUCGAGUUCAACGGCGACAUAUAAUAUCAUCAUUCAUGCUUUCACUGAGAAGCUAAAUGUUACUAUGGCGGAAAAACUAUUUCAAGAGAUGGUUAAUCGUUGUAUUGUUCCUGAUGGAUACACAUACCGGCUUAUGGUUGAUGGUUUUUGCAAAACGGGAAAUGUCAAUUUGGGGUACAAGUUUCUACUGAAGAUGAUGGAAAAUGGGUUUGUUCCAUCGCUCACAACGCUUGGACGUGUAAUAAACUGUCUUUGUGUUGAGGAUAGAGUUUAUGAGGCUGCCGGUAUUAUCCAUCUGAUGGUCCAGAAAGGACUGGUCCCUGAGGCUGUCAACACCAUUUUUGAUAUUGACAAAAAGGAGGUGGCUGCUCCUAAGCUUGUCUUGGAGGAUCUGUUGAAGAAGAGCUGUAUUACUUAUUAUGCUUAUGAACUUCUUUUUGAUGGCCUUAGAGAUAAAAGGCUACGCAGGAAAAAGGGUUUCACAGUGGUAGGCAUAUGAAUCUGAUACAAUGGCUUACCUCAUAUCUGAUUGUUUAAAGAACUGCUCAAGUUUGUGCAUCUCAGGACUUUGUUGAGCCAUUCGUGGAGAAGAUGGUAACUUAACCGUUGGUCUGAGCAGCUAAAAUCUGUAUUGAAUUGCCAUUUUGGGGUAUAAAUAUACCCCCGUGAGUUUUCAUCCAAGACACAAAGAUGUUGCAGCUGCUCUGUUCUUUUAAACAUCCUAUCUGGUGAUGCAGCUUGUGUUUUGUCCUGUUGCGCUCUCAACUCCUGAAAAGUCGAAGAAAGUGGUUCUCUGCUUUGAAUCCAUUUCUUCUUUCCCUUUUUUGGUGAUGCUUCAAGAUAGAAUUAAACACAGGCGAAUAGCACUACAGGAGUACAGGAGCAUGCUUUAAGUCGUUCUCAACGUCAUACUCAAAUCAAUUAUUUGCUGGCACCAGUGUGAAAAAGGCCGUAGACGAGGAACACCUAACCACUUUAAAGAAGUUGCACGAGGUAUGUGGAGCUUCCUGAGUACUAUACCAUUUUUCUUAUGUGUGGUUAGUUGGUU